AUGACAUUUCAAAAGCUUUCCUCACAAAAGGAAGUUGACGACUUCACAGCGUCGGGGAACGCCAUAGUGUAUUACUUCCGCCGCUCGUCACAGGUACCAAUAACCCAGUUUAUUGUUCCGUUUAAGGAAGAACUCCCCCCAGAGUUCCCAUCAAUCAAGUUUGCAUCUUUUGACCAGGUGUUUGACAGCGAGUUUUGUGCUAGCAAAACAGGACCAAACAUUGGUGCGGCGUAUUUUUUCAAAGAUGGAACGCAAAUUGCACGGCAGAACGGUGUGAUUUCUAAAGACAGUUUUCAUGAGUUAAUUCAAAAGUAUUUUUAA